GUGCUGGAGUUAUUUUGCAAGGCUGCUGUGUUUGUGCCUGAAAGCAAAGUACAGUUGUUAGGUUACCCACAGCCAGAACUUCACGCAUGCAUGAGCAUAAGCAUGAAGAAAGAGGCCAGGGAUGAAAGUGCACAGGGACUGGGAGAGGUAGAGGAAGGUGGUUAGAGAAAAACCCGGUCUGCGUCUGCGUCUGCGUCUGCGUCUGCGUCUGCGUCUGCGUCUGCGUCUGCGUCUGCGUCUGCGUGCCCUUAGCAGGGCUGCCAUGAGGAGAGGCAGGGGUGAGCCCAGCUGUGUCAGAUCUGCGCAGAGGGCAGCUGUGAAGGAACAGAAAGCUGGCUGUUUCAACUCGCACAGUAGGAUUCCUCAGAUUUCCGAACUUCCGAAUUCUCACCGCAGAAGGACAGGUGCGCCCACUCCCCUGCCCUCGUCUCUGAAGCACUUGGCACCGUCCUGUUCGACUGCACUGUGCAGGACGUUUGAGGAAAGGACCGGACGCUGACGGGAAAGCAUGAGGCUUCAAGGCUUUGUCCUGGUCUGCCUGGCUGCAGUCUCCGUGCUUCAUCUUGCAGAUGCAGGGCUGAUCAAGAAAGUGAUUCGGCACCGGAGAGAGGUCCUGGCAUCUCCCAGAGUGGAGAACGUCACUCUCCCGAGCCCAGACCAGCCCGUUGUCUUUAACCACGUCUACAACAUCAAUGUCCCCAUGGGCUCCAUGUGCUUGGUAGACCUCGACUCCCCGGGAGGAACGGAGCUCAAGCCCAAAGCCCCCUCGGAUGUCCACGCCACCGAGCACACUGUGGACGGGGACAACCAGAUAGUCUUCACCCAUCGCAUCAAUAUCCCCCGCCAGGCCUGCGGCUGUGCCAAUGCCCCGGACAUCAAGGACCUCUUGAGCCGCCUGGAGCUGCUGGAAGGGCAGGUGUCCCAGCUGAGGGAGCAGUGCGGCAGUGGGGCUGGCUGCUGCGGUGCCCCGGCCACAGGUCUCGUGGACGUGAAGCCGUACUGCAACGGCCAUGGCAACUACAGCACGGACACCUGUAGCUGUUUGUGUGAGCCGGGCUGGAAGGGCCCCAACUGCACGGAGCCGGAGUGUCCCGGCGACUGCCAGGACCAGGGCCGCUGCGUGGACGGCGUGUGCGUGUGCUUCGAGGGCUACACGGGCGAAGACUGCGGGGUGGAGCUGUGCACCGUGGACUGCGGCGAGCACGGGCAGUGCGUGGACGGGGUCUGCAUCUGUGCGGAGGGCUACACCGGGGAGGACUGCUCCCAGACCCGCUGCCUCAACAACUGCCUGGGCCGGGGCCGCUGCGUGGACGACGAGUGCGUGUGCGACGAGGGCUUCACGGGCGAAGACUGCUCCGAGCUCAUCUGCCCCAACGACUGCUACGACCGGGGCCGCUGCGUCGACGGCGUCUGCUUCUGCGACGAGGGCUUCACGGGGGAGGACUGCGGCGAGCUGACCUGCCCCGGGAACUGCAACAGCCGCGGCUACUGCGUGGACGGGCAGUGCGUCUGCAGCGCGGGCUACGCCGGCGAGGACUGCGGCGAGCUCACCUGCCCCAACGACUGCCGCGGCCGCGGGCGCUGCGUCAACGGGCAGUGCGUCUGCGACGAGGGCUUCGUGGGCGAGGACUGCGGCGAGCUGGCGUGCCCCAGCAACUGCAACGACAGGGGGCGCUGCGUCAACGGGCAGUGCGUCUGCGACGUGGGCUUCACGGGGGAGGACUGCGGCGAGCUCUCCUGCCCCAACAACUGCCUGGACCGCGGGCGCUGCGUCAACGGCCAGUGUGUCUGCGACGAGGGCUUCGCCGGGGAGGACUGCAGCCUGAAGACCUGCCCCAACGACUGCUUCGGCCGGGGGGACUGCGUGGACGGGAAGUGCGCCUGCUUCGCCGGGUUCACCGGGGAGGACUGCAGCGAGCUGACCUGCCCCGGGGACUGCCGGGGCCGCGGGCGCUGCGUCGACGGCCUCUGCGUGUGCGACGAGGGCUUCGCCGGAGACGACUGCGGCCAGAAGACCUGCCCCAACGACUGCCUGGAGAGGGGCGUCUGCCUGGACGGGCGCUGCGUCUGCAACGAGGGCUACACGGGGCUGGACUGCUCUGAGCUCACCUGCCCUGCCAACUGCAACGACAGGGGGCGCUGUGUCAACGGGCAGUGCGUCUGCGACGAGGGCUUUGUGGGCGAAGACUGCGGCGAGCUGGGGUGCCCCAAUAACUGCAAUGACAGGGGGCGCUGCGUCAACGGGCAGUGCGUCUGCGACGAGGGCUUCGUGGGCGAAGACUGUGGCGAGCUGGGGUGCCCCAAUAACUGCAACGACAGGGGGCGCUGUGUCAACGGGCAGUGCGUCUGUGACGAGGGCUUCGUGGGUGAAGACUGUGGCGAGCUGGGGUGCCCCGAUAACUGCAACGACAGGGGGCGCUGUGUCAACGGGCAGUGCGUCUGUGACGAGGGCUUCGUGGGUGAAGACUGUGGCGAGCUGGGGUGCCCCAAUAACUGCAACGACAGGGGGCGCUGUGUCAACGGGCAGUGCGUCUGCGACGAGGGCUACAUCGGCGAAGACUGCUCUGAAGUGUCCCCACCUAAGGAUCUGACCGUGACGGAGGUGACCCCUGAGACCGUCAACUUGACCUGGGCCAACGAGAUGAGCGUGACUGAGUACCUCAUCACCUACAUCCCCACCUCCCCCGGAGGCCUGGAGCUGGACUUCCGUGUGCCGGGAGACAAGCGUGCCGCGACCAUCCGCGAGCUGGAGCCUGGCGUGGAGUACCUGGUCAACGUCUACGCCGUCCUCAACAACAAGAGGAGCAUCCCCGUCAGUGCCCGCGUUGCCACACACCUCCCAGAGCCCGAGGGACUGAAGUUCAAGUCGGUGCGGGAGACCUCCGUGGAGGUGCAGUGGGAUCCCCUGGACAUCUCCUUCGAUGGCUGGAACCUCAUCUUCAGAAACACGAAGGAAGAGAACGGCGGGAUUUCCAACACCCUGACGAGACCGGAGACGAGCUACACACAGUCCGGUCUGGGGCCGGGGCAGGAGUAUGAGGUCACUCUCCACAUCGUGAAGAACGGCACCCGCGGCCCCGGAGCCUCCAAGAAUGUUGUCACUAAGAUCGACGCCCCGAGCCAGGUGGAGGUGCGCGAUGUGACCGACUCCACGGCCUUCAUCACCUGGUUCAAGCCGGUGGCUCAGGUGGACGGUGUCACCCUGUCCUAUGGGCCCGGCUCGCAGCUCUCGGACAGAACCACCGUGGAGCUCUCCUCCGCGGACUCCCAGUACAACGUGGGCAACCUGAAACCGGACACGGAGUACGAGGUGUCGCUGGUGUCCCGGCGCGGAGACAUGCGGAGCGACCCGGUCUCGGAGACGUUCACCACGGAUCUGGAUGCCCCCAAAAAUCUGCAGGCCAUUUCCCAGACUGACAACAGCAUCACCCUGGAGUGGAGGAACAGCAAGGCCAACGUGAACAGCUACCGGAUCAAGUACGCCCCCAUCUCCGGCGGAGAGCACGUGGAGAUCACCGUGCCCAGGGGCCGGCAAAGCACCACCAGGACCACCCUCACUGGCCUGAGGCCAGGCACCGAGUACGGGCUGGGUGUCACGGCUGUGAAGAAGGACAGAGAGAGCAUGCCCGCUACCAUCAACGCAGCCACCGAACUGGAUGCGCCCCUGGACCUGGAGGUGAGCGGGUCGACGGAGAGGGCGCUCUUGCUGCGCUGGAGGCGGCCCCUGGCCAAGAUCGACAUCUACCGCCUGGUGUACGUGUCGGCGGACGGGAAGAGACAGGAAGUGGAGCUGCCCUCCGACGCCAGCUCCUACACCCUGAGCGGCCUGGAUCCCGGCAUGCGCUACACCAUCACGCUGACCGCGGAGAGGGGCAGGCAGCGCAGCCAGGCAGCCACUGUCACCGGUUCCACGGCUUCGUUCACAUUCUAUUUAGCUGACAGUAUCCUAGAGCUCACAACACCACAAAUUUCUGAGGACAAUGUUUUUAGCUUUAUGCCUCUAGACAACACAGAUCCCGAAUUCUCUGGGAUGGGGCGCGAGGAUGAGAUCGGGGCCCUGAAAGUUUGGGGCGUAACAGCAGAUGGAUUUCAUCUCUCUUGGGACACAGAGGCAUACAAUGAGUAUGAUAGUUACGUUGUAGAAUGUAGAGACACAGUGGGAUUAUGGGAAAAGUUGGAGACCCUUCUCCCUGGAGAUUCUACAGGCACUGUAAUCCGUGGCUUGAGGGCAGCCACAGAGUAUCGAGUAAAGCUUUAUGGAGUAACCGCUAGCCAGAGAUCCUCGCCUCUUGAAGCAGUUGCUGUUACAGUGUCCAAGCCCACUCCAGCGUCGGUGGAUGCAGGCCCAUUGACAGACAUGAGUGCUAAGACUUUAGCUCCCAGCUGGCUGAGCCACCCAACAGUCACCCCUCAUGUUUCUCUUAAAACAGAACUGCCACCAACAGAGGCUGUGUUGUGGCAGUCUGGGACAGAGCCUGUGAGUUCCAGCUCGGAGCUCACUGGGGACCUCAAUGUCACAAAGGUGACCCAUACUAGCCUGGGCCUGUCUUGGGCGGUUUCUGGCAGAACCUUUGAUAGCUUCCUUGUAGAGCUGAAAGACAUGACAGAGCCUGACAAGCUUAAUCAGAUAACGAUUCCAGGAGAUGCCCACCGUGCUGACCUGGAAGGCUUGUCUCCUGGCACGCUUUAUGAGAUUUCUCUGUAUGGAAUUGCCCAAGGAGAGAGGUCAAUGCCUCUCAAGGCUAUUGCCAACACAGAGGAGAAGCCUGAGCUGGGAGCGCUAACGGUCUCAGGUGUUUCUUGGGACAGCUUCAAUCUGUCUUGGACAGCGGCUGACGGGGCCUUUGAGGGCUUCCUGGUUGAGGUUACAGAUUCUGAGCGGGGUGCUGAGCCGCAGAGCCUCACGGUGUCCGGUGAUGCCCGGUCCCUGGGCAUCACCGGGGUCGAACCCAGUUCCUCUUAUAAUAUCGCCCUUUGGGGGGUGAGCCGCGGCUCCCCUACCCCGCCUGUCUUUGCAGAAGCCAGAACAGUGGUGGAGCCUACACUUGGCAGUUUGUCUGUGUCUAACAUUACCGCAGAAAGCUUCCGAAUCUCCUGGAAUGACACAGAAGGGGAUUUUGAAGGGUUUGUCUUGGAGAUCAUAGAUUCCAGCAGGCUGACGGAGCCUAUGGAAUUUAACCUGUCCCACAAUGCUCUGUUCACUGAUAUUGCGGGGCUCCGGCCCAGCACUGACUAUGUAGCCUACCUGUAUGGGGUUCUGCAGGGGGUCAGAACCCCUGCGAUGAGUACCGUGGCCACAACAGCUGCAGAACCUGACUUGGCCAGGCUAGUUGUUUCUAACGUUACCUCUGAAAGCCUGUUGCUCUCUUGGACGACGAGAGAAAGGGCUUUUGAUAACUUUGUUGUAGAGAUCAGAGAGUCUGCUUUGCCCUCACAGGCGAGGGGGCUGACAGUGCCCAGCUGGGCGCGCUCCACAGUCCUUUCCAAUCUGAAGAGCGACACACAGUACAAUAUUAAAUUGUAUGGCAGCUCUGGCAGCCAGAACACACUGCCCUUAAUGGCCUUAGCAACUACAGAGCCAGAGCCUCAGCUGGGCACCCUAGCCGUGUCAGAUAUAAGCCCAGACUCCUUCACUCUGACCUGGAGCACGACUGCAGGGACGUUUGAGGGCUUUGUCAUCCGUGUCACAGACGCCGACUCUCUGUACGACCCCGUGGAGCUCACUGUGGCUGGAGAGGCCCGCAGCGCCGGGGUCACUGACCUGGUGGAUGCCACGGGCUAUAACAUUACCCUGCAUGGCCUGGCCCUGGGGCGGCGCAGAGCUGCGCUGUCUGCCUUCGCUGUGACAGCGGAGUUGCCCAAAGUGGAAAACCUAAACAUUUCGGACGUGAACCCGUACGGGUUCCGGGUGUCCUGGACAGCGAGGAACGGGAGCCGGCCCGAUGGGUUUGACCACUUUUUCAUGGUGGUCACGGACUUGGGCCGGCUGCUGGAGCCCCAGGAGUUCAGGGUGCCGGGCAGCCAGCGGUCCUGGGAUGUGUCUGGGCUGAUCACUGGCAUAGGCUAUGAGAUCAGCCUCACGGGCCUGGCUCGGUCCGGGCUGCGCUCCAGGCCGGUGACAGCAGUGGCUGUGACAGAGGCGGAGCCCGAAGUGGACCACCUCCUCGUCUCCGACGUGACUUCAGACAGCUUCCGCCUCUCCUGGACCGCGGACGAGGACGUCUUCGAUAGGUUCAUUAUUAAAGUUAGGGACUCCAGAAAGCAGGCGCACCCGCAGGAGCUGAGCGCCUCCGGGGAGGAGAGAACCAGAGACGUAACGGGCCUCUCGGGGGGCACCGAGUACGAAAUCGAGCUGUAUGGCGUGGCCCUGGGGAGGCGCUCGCAGCCCAUUCAUGGUGUGGCCCGAACAGGCCUGGGAGCCCCGAAGGGCCUGCGUUUCUCUGAUGUGACGGACACCACGGCCACUGUGCACUGGACCGUCCCUCGCACCCGGGUGGACAGCUACCGAGUCUCCUACGUGCCCACACAGGGAGGAACCCCCCAGACAGUGACAGUGGACGGAUCCAGCUCAAAAACUGUCCUGGCCAAGCUGACCCCCGGUGUGACCUAUGAAGUCACCAUCAUCUCAGUCAAGGGGCUGGAGGAGAGUGACCCUGCCUCUGACGUGGUCACCACGGCUCUGGACAAACCCCGCGGCCUCACUGCCAUCAACAUCACCGACUCGGAGGGUCUGCUGCUGUGGCAGCCAGCCAUCGCCACCGUGGAGGGAUACGUCAUCACAUACAGCGCUGACAACGUGGCCCCUGUGGUGGAGAGAGUGUCUGGCAACACCGUGGAGUUUCACAUGAGCAGCCUGCACCCUGCCACCCUCUACACUGUCCGGGUCUACGCCGUGAGGGGCAGCCAGCAGAGUGCUGCCACCACCACCGAGUUCACCACCGCCCUGGACGCCCCUCGAGAUCUGACCUCCAGCAGCGUGCAGACAGACAGCGCCGUGCUGACAUGGAGACCGCCCCGAGCCACCAUCACCGGCUACAUCCUGCGCUUCGAGUCCUCAGACGGCCAAGUCAGGGAAGUUGUCCUGGGCCCCACCACCACCUCCUACAACAUGGCCCAGCUGAGUGCGUCCACACAGUACACCGUCAGUCUGCAGGCCAUCUCUGGGCCGGAGCGCAGCCCUUUAAUCUACACUGUCUUCACCACCAUUGGAAUGCUGUACAGGCACCCCAAGGACUGCUCGCAGGCCCUGCUCAACGGAGACACCACCUCCGGGCUCUACACCAUCUACCUGGGCGGAGACGAGAGGCAGCCGCUGCAGGUGUACUGCGAUAUGACCACGGAUGGCGGGGGCUGGAUUGUGUUCCUGAAGCGUCAGAGUGGUAACCUGGAGUUCUUCAGGAACUGGAGGAACUACACGGCUGGCUUUGGAGACAUGAACGACGAGUUCUGGCUUGGCCUCAGCAACCUCCACAAGAUCACGGCGAGUGGCCAGUACGAGCUGCGCGUGGACCUGCGGGACCAGGGCGAGACCGCCUAUGCCCAGUACGACAAGUUCAGCGUCUCCGAGCCGCGCAGCCGCUACAAGGUGUACGUGGGGAGCUACAGCGGCACAGCAGGGGACUCCAUGACCUACCACCAGGGCCGGCCCUUCUCCACCUACGACAAUGACAACGACAUCGCGGUCACCAACUGUGCUCUGUCCUACAAGGGCGCCUUCUGGUACAAGAACUGCCACCGCGUCAACCUCAUGGGCAGAUACGGCGACAACAGUCACAGCAAGGGUGUCAACUGGUUCCACUGGAAAGGCCACGAGCACUCCAUCGAGUUCGCUGAAAUGAAAAUCAGACCAUCCAACUUCAGGAAUUUUGAAGGAAGGAGAAAAAGGUCAUAAAAUAAAGAUCACCUCAAAUCCCUAACACCCCAUCAUCCCCAUCCCUCUUCAUCGCCCCCGCAGCUACCAAAGCCACUGUCACCAGCCCAGUGCUCACCCCUGACCCCUGACCCCCAUUUCCCAUCCUUCCGCCCUCCUGUGCACAACUCCAGUCCUGGGAGGCCGCAGUCCAGCAGGUCUUUAAGGUCUUGUAUCUCCAGUAUCUACAGAACUGGGGAAAGGUGUUAAACUGGUCCUGUUAAGCCAAUGAUCCAAUCAGUUAGGUAAGAGCUCGGGUGGGGUGAAAUCCUGCACAGAUUUCCAGGACUGGAGUGGCGCAGCCCUGAUGGACAGGAAGCAUUUGUCAGUGCUGAGCCACUGCAGUGCCCAUGAACUUCAAAUCCCGCUCUCUCACCUGUGACACACACCCCGAGACAGAGACGUGCACCAAAGACAACGAGCUCCACAGUUGAUGGUUGGGGGGGUCCUUUUCAUUGUAAAAGUCUGAAGUUGGAGGUCCUGGACCUGAAGAUUUUCAAGGUCUCUUUGAAGCAUCAACAUCUGACCUGGGAGAAGGAAGUAAACAGAACCAGUUAAGCUCAAGUGUUAUGUUGGAAUGAUAACCUGCAGCCAGUGCCUAGACUGGUAAUUGUGCUACAGACUGCUCUUUUCUGGGGAGGGGGAUUUAUAUAUGUUUGGCUAGGUGAUGCCAUUUCAUUGUAUUUUUUUUGUAUGAUCGUUUUAUUUUCUUUUGUAUGAAAUGUCCAGUCACAGUCGUUUACUUCAUUUUUCUUUGGUGGGCGAAACCUGUUGGGGUCUGUGGGUCCCUGAUCACAAAAACCUGUACCUUAGACUUCUGCCCUUUGACGUUAACUAGGCCUGUGUGGAUAUUCACAUAGGCAUUUAAAAAUAUUUCUGAAAAUAAUAGGGAGGGAAAACAAAUCGCUGGUCACAGAUUUCAAGUUAAAAUGUUGUGAAUUUGAUGCUUACCUCCUCCUCACACCCCAGUCAAACUAGGAAGGGGGUUGGGGAGAACCCCUUCAUGCAUUAAUAAGCGCCCCAGUGAUAUGCAGCCCCUUGACAAGCACGGGGCGGCCCUGCUGCUGUUCCUGUGGCACAGCUGUUAGCCUCUGCCCUGGCAGCCACACAGAGAGAAGGACCCGUUUCCAUUCUCACUUUCAUCGGCCCUGCAGCGCCAAGGCAGGACCUCUCCAGCAGCAGUUCCACUGUGGAACAGCACAGGGGGGGAAAGGUCUCGGUGACCUGCUGUACAACCAGAACUAAAACAGUGACUUCUGUUAUCUUAAAAGGGAUUUUAAUGGAAAUCUGCCCAUUAUUGUGUAAGAAAGUCAGGACAGGAACACACCCUGGUCUGUUUUCAGUAUUAAUGAUAAAAAGGAUCUGUAUGUAUAAAUCUAAACUCCAAGAGAAAAAGCUGAGUCAGUGUGACCUUGAUAAGCCACUGUUGAAAUUGAAUACCUGUGUAAAUUGCUUCUUUUUUAAAGCUGAAAACAGCAACAGAUGUUUCUCUGUAACCCUUAUUACAAUAAAACAAACUUUGUUUAAAAAAGAAA